AGAAGAAAUUUGUUGUGUUUCGUUGUGGUGGUACGCGAGGUGCGAUGCGCGGUACCGCUUUGAAUGGUGUUUUUUACAUUUUUAGAAAGAUUUUAUCAUGAUAUCCGCGAGUCUCCGGUACGGUGACGAUGAGGUGUUAUGUUCGAAAUUUCGUCAGGUGGAUAAUUGUUGCAUUUUUUAUAGUUUGCUAUACUUUGUUGAUUAUCCUGUGGCAGGUCGAUGUUCCAAGAAAUCAGGUGUCUCAGUGGUCAGAAACCCAAGAUGGCGGCGUUGAUGGGGCUGUUCAAAAAACACGUGAAAAUUUUCAAGAAAGAGCGCCACGAUCAAUUGAAGAUCGGAGCGUUGAAGAUCGAAACAUAACACCAAAAAUAAACAUUUUCGCUACAUCUCUUGUUAAGGGCGCUUCGAGUAACAGUCACAGCACAACUUUGAACGAUCUAUUUUUAAGUGUCAAAACAACCAAAGUUUUCCAUCAGAGUAGACUAAACAUUAUUUUACGAACUUGGUUUGUGCUAGCUAGAGAUCAGACAUAUUUCUUUACUGAUGCUGAUGAUCCUGUAUACUACUCGAAAACAAGAGGCCAUUUUAUUAACACAAAUUGCUCCUCUUCUCAUAGUAGAAAGGCAUUAUGCUGUAAGAUGUCUGUUGAGUUUGAUACAUUCUUAGAUAGUGCAAAAAAAUGGUUUUGCCAUUUUGAUGAUGAUAACUAUGUGAAUGUGCCACGCCUUCUGAAAUUAUUACAAGCAUAUAAUCCUCAAGAGGACUGGUAUUUAGGUAAACCCAGUAUUCGAUCUCCUCUGGAAAUUAUAAGCCGUGAUGAUAAACAGAAAAAUAUUUCUUUCUGGUUUGCAACUGGUGGAGCUGGCUUUUGUUUAAGUCGUGCACUAGCUCUGAAAAUGCUGCCUAUUGCAAGUGGAGGAAAAUUUAUCAGUAUUGGUGAAAAAAUUCGUUUACCUGAUGAUGUUACCAUGGGCUAUAUCAUUGAACAUAUAUUGAAUAAGAAGCUGACAGUUGUGGAUUUAUUUCAUUCGCACUUUGAACCGAUGAAAUUUUUGAAGCAAGAUACAUUUGCAGACCAAAUCUCAUUCAGCUAUUCAAGGUUUGGUCAUGAAAUGAAUGUUGUACAAAUAGAUGGAUUUGAUGAGAGAAUAGACCCUACAAGGUUUCUGUCAUUGCAUUGCCACUUAUUUCCAAAUUUUAGUUUUUGUCCAAGCUGAUAAAUCCUCCUGUUUGUAAAUACAUAACUAAUUUUGUGUUGCCAAAUGCCUUUUUGAUAGUGCCUUAGGAAAGAUAGCCAGAUAAAAAUUUCAUUGUUAAAUUUUGAUAAUGUAUGUAAGUGUGUAAGGUAUUGAAUUAUGUGACUAAAAGCCUUUAAUAAGUAUAUUCUUAAAAUUGCCUAUCACUCUGUAGCACAUGUUAAUGUAGAAAAGAGCAUUUAAAUGUUUCUAUUUUUGAAAAUUUUGACUUUCUUAAAAAUUUUCUAAUGUGUUGUUGAAAUGCAUUAUCUUAAGUUUAUAAUGUAUUAUUUUUGAAAGCAUGUUGUGCCACAAAUGAAUUAUCUCACUGUAUAUAUUCUAGAUUGUAUUUUUAUAGCUAAUUUGCAUAUUAUUUAGAAAAAAUAAUUUUGUACCUAAUAUAAAAUUAGUCUUUAUAUAGAUUUUACUGUACAGAAUCUGUGAUUUAAUGUUGGACUUUUGUUUUAGAGUAUAUGAAGUUCUGCUUCAAUGAAUUCAUAUGAAACAUAAAUUUGUUUUCUGUUAAUUAGAUCCUCUUUAGAAUAAGGUGUUUAAAAUUGUUACUAAGUUUCAUACUGUAACCGCCAACAAACAGUUAAACUGGAAGAGUACUUUUUUUUUUUUUUUUUUUUUUUAUCCCCUGUAAAUCUCCAAUCUGCCAAUUUUAAAAUUAUCUGAAUUUAGAUAGCUUUUUCAAUUAUUAUAAUAGUAUAGGGUUCCAACCUUAAAUUUACAGCUAUGUGGGUGGAACAUCAAGAACUGGUAAGCGAAUAAUCGCUUUAUAGGGACAUAAACUCAAGAAGGAACAGAAACAUAAACUCAAGAAGGGUUAAUUACGCUUUAUUGCUCAAAAUAAGGAACACCCUGCCAGGAAAUUUGUAAGCUGAAAUUAGAAGAAACACAAAAAUAGCUUUAACUAAAGAUAACUGUUAAAAACUUGGGAUAAACCUUACAUCAGAAAAAAUUUUAAUCCCUAAAUUUGAAAGGAACGUUCUAUGAAAAAAAUUUUGAUUAAGAAAAGCUAAUUGUCUCAUUUUUAAUGAAAGUUAAAUUUGUCAAAAUUCCAUUUUUUAGUGAUUUUUCACUGUGAUUUAGUUAAUUUCUAUUUUUCAGUUUGGUUCUUUGAAUCUGCUCUGGAGCAGACUGCCAAACUCUAGGUAAAUGCAGGUAAAAAUACUGUACUCUAAACCAAACAUUGUCAUAGUAACAGAGAACAAACAAAACAUUAAUAAAUUGACAAAUACAUCUUCAUACUGAACUCAACAAACUGAGCAGGUACAGACUGCUGACUGCAAUGUAAUGAUUAAUGUUAAUAGAAUUUAGGUUAACAAGGAAGCAUGAAUGCUGUUUAUUCGUGUAUGCUAAACAAUUUGUGACUUUUGGAUUUGGAUCUUUUUUUCUACCAACAAGGUCGAAUUAGCGAAGAUCAGAUGACCUAGAUUGUACUGUAUUUUUAACAGUGUAGGCUGAUUGAUGAAAAAUAUAAAAAAACUUUUAUGUUCUUGUAAAUCUGCAUUUAAGAGAAAAAUGUGUCUUGAAUAAGGAUUUUAUUCAAUUCAAUGAAGCAGAAUUUAAUUUUAUCAGUUGCUCAAAAUGCUUUUUUUUUUUUUUUUUUUUUUUCUUUCCUUCUAGGAGUAUAUUUUGGUUUGACAAUAAGCAGGAGAUUAAGUAUUUAUUUUUAUGAAUUUGUCAUUCAUGAGAUCUGAUUAUUCAAAUCAUGUAUUAGAUACAUGUGUUACAUUCUUAGUUUAAUAAAGAUAAAUUUCUGCUUUAAGCUGGAGGCUAAUAAAGCUGAUAUUAAUAAAUUAAGAUGCUGUAAUGGUUGCCAAUUAAAACUAAUGUUAUAAAUGGUAGCUAAUUAAAGCUAAUGUUAUAAAGAUUAAGCUGAAGUAAUGGUAACAUUACAGAAAAGCCAUAUGGAAAGUUAGUUAACUCCAUAGACGUAAUGUAAACCAGUUUGUCUUCUACGUUGCUAGAAAGAAGAGGGAAAAUUUGUUAAGGGAUUUGGCAACGGAACCUGUAGGAAAGAAUUUUCCCCUCUAUGAUAUACCGGACCUGGCUCUGCGAUGUGUACCGGAAAUUGAGGUGGUGUGGUGUUUUUAAUUUUGGCAAAGCACACUAGGGCUAUCUGCCUAAGGGAGGAAUGCCUUCGUGGAGGACUUUCUAAGGGAAACUGGCUCGUAUACACGUU